AUGAGUGACGACGAUAAUGAUGCAGUAAACAAAAAAAAACAGACAGAAACUUUUAUUAGACGAAUAAAGGGAGAACUUCCUUUAGUCUUACCUUCAAAUAUUCCAAUUACUCCGACCAACACCAAUGAAGAAGCUACUACCGACGAAAUCUUAAACAUUUGGUCAAAUCAAUUGUGCAAUUUUUUUACUAAAAAAAAGCAGCAUCUGGUUGAUUUAGAUUCAGAAGAAUUUUUAAUUAGAUUUGACUAUUCAAUUAUUAUCUAUAAUAAAUUGAAAAAUGAAGAAUAUCUAAGUUCUGAAAAACAAAUUAUUAGCGAAAUGAUUAAACCAACUAUUCCAAAUUUUAGUAACAAUGAAUUCACUCGAAAAAAAAAAUUUCAUAAAAAUAUGUUUAAUUUGUUUGAUCUUUUAGAAAAAAAAAAAAUUCCACUGGAAUUUUGUCGCAAUCAGCUAAUUGGCUUGGGCUGUACGGUUAAUUAUUUUUGUGAAAGUAAAGAUAAAGAAGUUGAAGCAGUUUUCAAGGCAUUUGUUGAAAAAUGUGAAAAAUGUUAUUUUAAGAAACAGCGUGAUUAA